AUGAGCACACGUGGUACUCGUGGAUGGGGUACUAGGGGUCGUGGUAGAGGUCGUAGAGGGGCACGAACUGAGUCCCUUGCCACUGAUACUAUACCUGUGGUAGACGCUAGUAAGACACCGGUAUCGCCUAUGACAGAUAGUGGGACAAGACCGUAUGAUUGUACGGCUGGGGAUGACGCACUGUCCCAAGCCAUGCUUCGUAUUCUAGAGAGGGUCGCCAGACCCAACACUAGUACCGAAAGCCGUGGGUCAGUUUCGGAACGUCUCCGAUCGAAUGGAGCAGAAGUUUUUAAGGGCAUUUCUGGAGUAGCCCCGAAUGUGGCUGAGUACUGGUUGGAAGCCACGGAGAGAAUAAUGGAUGACCUGGAUUGCAAGGCUGAACAAAAGCUGAAAAGGGCGAUAUCACUACUUAGGGAGGAAGCUUACUACUAUGUAGAUGCCCGAAGGAAGGAAUUCUUAAACUUAACUCAAGGGGAUCGGUCUGUUACUGAGUAUGAGGCAGAGUUUUUGCGACUUAGCCGAUAUGCCCGUGGAAUAGUAGCAACAGAGUACGAACGUUGUGUUCGGUUCGAGGAUGGCCUCCGGGAUAGUCUACGAGUAUUAAUAGCUCCACAGAGGGAGCGAGAUUUUGCGACAUUGGUAGAGAAAGCUAAGAUAGCUGAGGAUGUAAAGCGCGCUAAGCUCCAGAGUUGGGAAAAGAAAAGGAGUAAAAACAAAAUAGAUUUAAAGCCCUCCAAUUCUGAUCAGAGGCAUAGGAAAAGUGCCAGGGCAGAUGGGCCGGUCCGAGCUGAAGCCCCUAUUGCUGCUUUUAGAUUACAACCUUGUGUUGAUUGCGGGAAAAGCCAUUAUGGCGAAUGCUGGAAAAGGAUUGGAGCCUGUUUAAGAUGCGGAUCAAUGGAGCAUCGUUUCAGAGAGUGUCCUCGGAGACCAGAUUAUGGACAAACUAUUGGUACGGGUAAUAUACAGCCACCGAGGGGUGGUCAGCAGCCAGUAAGAGGCCGUAGCCAUGGAAUGGGUCGUUGUCGUGGAGCACCAGAUAGGGGUAUGGGACAUGCUGAGGCGAGACAGCCAGCUUUGGUCUAUGCAGCAUGUCGCCGUGAGAACAGAGACUCUCCGGAAGCAGAUGCUGGUACGUACUUCUCUCAUGGUGUAUUAAUUACUUAA